AUGGGAUCUGUAUACGUGCAUCAAUUAAGAGGUCUUCGCCGCGAAGACUGUAUGUCCUUGUUCAGUCAAAGGGCAUUUGGCCGAAGGGAAGAAGAGGAACGCUAUCCACAACUACUGGAAAUCGGAGACGAUAUUGCAGAGAAGUGUGGAGGGGUUCCUCUAGCCAUAACUACCUUAGGGAGCAUGCUCUGUUUAAAAAGAGAACAGAAUGCUUGGUCUGAAGUAAGAGAUAGCGACAUUUGGAAGCUGGAACAGGAGGACGACCACAUAUUUCCUGCCCUCAAAUUGAGCUAUGAUGCAUUGCCGCCCUACUUGAAACCAUGCUUUGCCUUUUGCUCACUCUUUCCCAAAGACUACAUAUUCCGAAGUUCAGAAUUGGUCCCCCUCUGGAUGGCACAUGGCUUUCUUCAAUCCUCAAAAGGAAGCCAACAGCCUGAAGAGAUGGGACUAGACUACAUAAGGCAGAUAUGUUCUAGAUCAUUGUUUCAAAUUCACGAAGAUUCAAUUCAUUUCAUAGCCUUUGAAAUGCAUGAUCUAGUUCAUGACUUGGCCAUUUCGGUGGCACAAUUAGAAUGCUCAUCUGAAAAUUUUCGUCCUUCUACCUCCAACCCUCACAAAAAAGUUCGACCUGUGUCAAUCUCGCGGGAUGACUUGUGCAUGAAGGAAGUACGAGUUCCUGAUUACUUGCUUCAGCUAAAGAAAGUGUGGACCAUUCUAUUUCCAAAUCCAGGAGAUACAGUCAUCACCAACAAACCUUUGUUGAAAACAUGCAUCAAGAGAUUCAAGUACCUGCGGGCCCUAGAUUUGAGUGGUUGGAGUCUUGAAAAGUUACCAAGUUCAAUUGGUGAUUUGAGUCACUUGAGAUAUCUAGACUUGUCUAGGAAUCCAAGCAUGCAAAAGCUUCCGGAUUCCAUUUGCGAGUUGCAAAAUUUGCAGACAUUGCUACUUUCAGGCUGUGAGAAUCUCAAAGGCUUGCCUAAAGACAUAGGGAGCUUGAUCAACCUUAGAAAGUUGGUGUUCACCACAAGUCGGAUGGAUUUGCCCGAAGAAAUCAAAAGCCUCACUUCUCUUCGACAUUUUGAGGUCCACAAUUGCAGUAAUCUUGAAUCCUUAGGUGAAGUGGUACCAUCUCUCACUAAUCUUCGAAUUCUUGUUAUUAGCAAUUGUGGAAAUCUAGAGUCGCUGCCACACUUGAGUACACCAUUAAAGGCCUUGGUCAUCUCUGAUUGUGAGAAGCUUGACUUGAAGAGUUUGGGAGAAGGCAUUCGAGGUCUUCGAUCAUUUUCCAUCUCCAAAAUGUCAAAUUUAGAGGCUUUGCCCCAUUGGCUUCAAGACUCCAAACCCAGUCUACAGAGCAUCCACAUCGAAAAUUGCGUGCAUGUCAAGGCACUUCCAGAGUGGCUGCAAAGCUUGAUGCUGCUGCAACAACUAGUCAUCGAAGGUUGCCCUCAAUUGUUGGCCUUGCCGGAGGGGUUGCAUCAACUCGUUGCCUUGAAAGAAUUGAAGAUCAAUGACUGUUCUAAAUUGGCUGAAAGUUGCAGAAGGAAAGAAGCUAGGUCAGGACUGGUCCAAGAUCACUCGUGUUGCUAA